AUGGUAGAUUUCAUUAAAAAAGAAAAUCAGCAGCCUGAAGAUGAUAGUGAUGCUCCUGACUGGUGCGUUUGCAAGAUGUGCAUGCCAUCGCCCAAGGCAGAAGAAAACCACUAUUGUGGAAAACGCACAUGUGUUACUUCCUACCAGAUGUUUGCACAGUGUAUUAUAAACCGAGAUGUUUUGGAACUGGCAAUUAAAUACCACUGUGAUACAAGGGCAGAGGAAUUUGAUUUCUCAACAAAUGCAAUGAGAAAGGCUGCCUACCGUCAGUUUACCAUGUGGAAGUAUGGAAGGUUGGACAGGGGUAACAGAAAACCUAACCCAGCAUGUGUUGUGAGAAUGAUAAGAGAAGCCUAUCCUUCCCCAACGAAUGAAAAUAUGGGCUACAAGGAGUCAUGA